AAAUGGCGGACGACUUGGCUGAAGACUGGUGGGUUGAAGAGGGAGAACCCGAGGAGCCCUCAAAAGAUAGCACGAGUCCAGAAAAAACUGCUGAUGAUGUCUCUACAGCAGAUGUGAAGAAAAGUGAGCAAAAGGCUCAGAAGAGGCAAAGAGACGAUAGAGAAGAUGGAGAGAAGAAACAGAAGAAGAGGAAAGUGUCUGCAGGGAAAAAGAAGAAAGAGAAGGUUGCUUCUGACAGCAAAAAAGAAAGGAAGCGCAUCACCGAUGUUCCCGAAGAAGAGCUGACAAAGCCAGGAACAGCAGAGGAUGUUCACAGUGUCAUGACGCAAGCCUUGAAAGAACGUCUAGGGCAAGCUGCUUUGGAGGACCUUCUUCCUGAUGCGGAAAACGAUUUCUUCACGAACAACUCUGACUGCUUGAGUCCUUCUGCCUAUUUGAAGUUGAUAUUACAUCCUGUGUGGAGAUCUGCAUUAAAGAAAAGCUUGUACAUGAAAAAGUUGGGAAGCCCUUGUUUGCUGAUUAUCACGAGCUCAGCCAUCCGAGCAGUUGAGUUAAACAGACAGAUAAAAGACUUCCUUGAUGGCAAGUGUAAAGUGGCCAAACUAUUCGCAAAACACAUGAAGGUUGAAGACCAAAAAAAGUUUUUAAGCAAGACAAAUUGCCAAGUGGGAAUAGGCACUCCUGGUCGAAUCUCUGUCCUCAUCAAACAAGGUGCUCUUCAUAUAGAGAGUCUUGUGGGCGUUGUGCUGGACUGGAACUGGAGGGACCAGAAGCUCAAACGUUUGGUCGACAUCCCAGAGGUCCGCGGUGAUCUCAUGACUUUACUGCGGGAACACUUGCUGGAAACUGUACAUGGGUCACCUUGUAAAUUUGCACUUCUGUGACACUUUGCAAAGUGUCACAUCUUUCUGUGGUGGUGUCUGUUGCGUGUGUGUCAGUGUUUGUAGAUGUAUUUAUGUAAGUAUUUGCGUGGAAGCCAGGCUGACAGUCCUAAUGUUGUUGUCGAUGUAGUUGUUUUCCUGAACCACUACUUAAGUCUGUUCUGAGUGAUUAACUCUUUGCGCCAACUGGCUGUCUUUCUUGGCAACAGUCUGAGUCAAUUGAUCGAUUUUUUUAGCCUAGUCCUAACCCUUUGAGCCCUAGCCCCCUGGGUGAACUUUUUCCCUCUGCCUGGGCUCCUGAGCCCGAUUCAGAAAAAAUUAGGUAUGGCACCAUAGGAAGGCUGUCAUAAUAAAAUCAGUCAAAAAAGGGAAAAAACAGACACAUAUAUGAUAAAGGAAAAACUAACCUGUAUUUUAACGCCAAUAUUCUGACUUGGUAUGCCAGUCUUUCCAGCAGGUUGAUCCUUUUUUUAUGCAGAGAUGUCGGUUACAAUAUCCACAUUUCACAUUUGAUUUGACAGCUUUCACAGGGCAGUCCUUAUAUGGAACAGCUGGGUUUUCUUUCCUAAACUUUUGGUGUUUGUAGGAACAGACUGCACACAGAUGGUUUCCUGUAUCAUCCACUCCAAUCUCAGGAAAGUGCAGGCCAACAUUCUGGAGUCGAAGCGGCAGCUCCUGUCCUUCGAUUUCCCGUGGUCUUUGUACUGCGGCAGUGCGGUACUCACCAACCAAAGCAAGGCAGUAUUCGUUCAAAAAAUUCCGUAGUGUGUACUUCUUUGCCUUCUCUGGAUCCACAUUUUGAAAUAAAACAUAGGCAUUGUAGACUGCCCACAUGACAAACUUCAUAAAAAGUCUCCUGGGCC